AUUAACCUAAUGAAGCUCGGAAAGUGAUAAAAGUAUUACCAACGGAGUUCUGUGCAUUCUUAAUUUUCUAUAAAUAUAUGAAACUGUGUGCUAGAAAUUUCACACAACAAAGAUAGUUAUCAGUCUCUCUCUCUUUCUGAGUGAUAUAUCGAUGGAGGUCGAGUCUCACGUGGUGGUGGUGCCGUACCCAUCUUGGGGCCACAUAAACCCCAUGAUGAACAUGAGCAAGAUCCUCGUGUCCAAGAACACCAACAUCCACGUCACCUUCGUCGUCACACAACACUGGCUCGCCACCACCGCCGCCCAACCCAAACCGCACAACAACAUAACCCUCGCCUCGCUCCCCGACCUCGCCUCCGCCGCCAACACCCUCGGCGACGUCGUCCACGCCGUCAUGACUCAGAUGGAGGCGCCGCUCGAGGACCUCCUCCGCCGCCUUCAACCGCCGCCCACGUUCCUCAUCUGCGACGCCUUUCUCUUCUGGGCCGUCGCCGUCGCCAACCGGAGGAAGAUCCCGGUGGCCGCCUUCUGGACAACCACGCCGUCGGAGCUGUGGCUGCUAUACUUCCAUAUUUUCCAACGGAACCAGCGCGGUGGCCAAAACUCGUUCUUUGAUUAUAUUCCUUCCAUUUCUUGGAUUCGUCAAGCGGAUAUUCCUCUUCUCGAUGAGAACAAUCGUCAAAUUUUACAAUGGGCUUUGAAGAGUUGUGAGUGGCUUCAUAAAGCACAGUACUUGUUAUUACCUUCAAUCUAUGAGUUGGAACCCCAAGUAGUUGAUGCCUUGAAAGCAACGUUCUCGAUACCAAUUUACACUAUUGGCCCAAAUAUACCUUAUUUUAGUGUCAAAGAAAUUUCAUUUCACACCAAUGGUGAUAACCAUGGUUACAUGGAUUGGCUAGAUCACCAACCAAAGGGUUCUGUUUUGUACAUCUCAUAUGGAAGCUACCUCUCUAUCUCAAACACACAAAUGGAUGAAAUUGCUAAUGCUUUGCAUGAUAGCAAGGUUAGAUUCUUUUGGGUGACACGUGGGGAGGAGAAUCCAAGGUUGAAAGAGAUUUGUGGGCACUUGGGGUUGAUUGUUGCAUGGUGUGACCAAUUGAGGGUGUUGUUGCAUCCUUCUAUAGGGGGUUAUUGGACACAUUGUGGGUGGAAUUCUGUUAUAGAGGGUGUUUUUGCUGGUGUGCCUUUUUUGACCUUCCCAAUUGCCUUGGAUCAACCAUUGAUUAGUAAGAUCAUAGUGGAGGAUUGGAAGGUUGGGUGGAGGGUGAAGAAGGAUGAUAAGUUGGACACUUUGGUGAAAAGAGAUGAGAUAGCCAUGUUGCUUAGGAAAUUCAUGCAAUUGGAUAGUGAUGUUGGUAGAGAUAUAAGGAAGAAAGCUAAGGAGCUUCAACAUAUGGCUCAGAUGGCAGUUUCCAAGAAUGGGUCAUCUGAAACCAAUAUUAAAGCCUUUUUGAAGAAUAUAGUCCAAAGUGGAUCAAAUAUAGCUCAAAUUCAAAAUGGUAUUGAUAAUCUUAAUUGAAUUGACAUAUGAUGAAUUUCUUGUAUUGAGUGACAAUGAUUCAAUAAAGACCAACAGUGUGUUUUUUUGGUUA